UGUACCCGGCCAAAUUCCAGCGUUUUGAAUCUGGAAAUUACAAAGUAAUAAAUUCUUUUAAUUCAGCAGCGUCGAACCAGUGUAAUAGAUGCAAUUCUAAGUACCACUGUACCAGACGUAAAUUAAGUGAGGUAACUGAUAUUUUUCUGCUGUGUAUGAUGGCCUCCAGGGUAUUAUUAUUGAACCUGGAUGUGGCAAGUUUUUGUGAUCAGCAGAUACCAGCUCCCAAUGGAACAUCAAAAAGUUUCCUUCGUUGGUUAAUGUCAUCAUUGUCCAAACUGUUGCAUUUUCUACUGAGAAUAAUAGCAUCCAUGUUGGGCUUAGAAAUGGCAAGUAAUAACAAUCCACAGAUAUCAAGAACAUUAAGUGAGGUUCCAUUGUUCAGGAAUCGUAAAAUUCGGCAAAUAGCUUGUGGCUUAGAGCAGACUGUUUAUGUUUUAGGUGAUGGAACAGUUUACAUUCAUAAUAACAACCAAGGUGAUGUCAUACCAGAGCGUAUGUCUUCUCUGGAUACAUUCUCCAUUGUGCAAGCAGCCUGUGGGGAUGGACACAGUGUGGUCUUAAGUGAUAAAGGUCAAGUAUUGAGUUGGGGUAAUGAUUCACAGAGCCUCGUCAAAAUCAAGCCAAGGGUUAUACAUUUUCCAUCUGAGGAGUUUAUCAUACAGGUCUCCUGUGGAUCAAGACACACACUGGCUCUUGCAAAAAGUGGCAAGCUGUUUGCUUGGGGUGACAACAGCAGUUUCCAGCUGGGAUUCAGCACUUUUUCUUUCUACACCUGUAAUGUACCAACUGAAAUUGCAUGCUUGACGGGUCUGCCAAUCAAGCAAAUAUGCUGUGGAGGUGACCACUCCCUCGCUCUGACGUUUAGUGGUGCUGUCUUCGGCUGGGGGUGUAAUGAAUCAGGUCAGCUUCUGUCUCUUAUACACAUCUAG